CUCAACCUGUCUGUCAUCUUCCUGGCAAGGUGUCACUGUGGGCAGCUAGCUGCACGUUCUGCUUUGAGUUUAAUUUAAUAUUAUUGAUACAUACUUGUGUUUGACAUCUCUAAGCGUGUGGUGCCAUGAAAGGAAUCAGGUUUUUUGUGAUUUUCCUGGUGCUUUCCGCGUCUUUAUUGUGCACAUCCGAAGCGGGCAGAAGCAGGACCAGCAACCAGAACAGCUUCCGACGGGCAGCUAACGGCAUCUAUCAGACUCUCAGCAGUGUGUUUGGAGAAGAAAACAUUAGAGGGUUAUACAAGUUUUUCUCCAAAGCAACGGAGCGGUUUGUCCAUGGAGUGGACUCUUUCCUGGACACCAUCUGGAAGAUCUGGUCAGAUUUGCUGGAUGUGAUGGGCAUUGAUUCUUCAAACCUCAGCCACUACUUUAGCCCCACAUCUCUCACCAACUCCCCAGCACGUGCCCUGCUCCUGGUUGCUGCUGUGCUCUUGGCUUACUGGUUCCUCUCUAUGUUCCUGGGGGGGUUCUUUUACCUGCUACAUGCCGUCUUUGGACGCUUCUUCUGGCUCGCACGUGUCACACUCUUCGCUUUGUCCUGCCUCUACAUCCUGCAGAAGUUUGAGGGUGACCCUGAGCGUGCGGUGUUGCCGCUGUGCUUCAUCAUGGCCGUGUACUUCAUGACUGGGCCCGUGGGAGCGUACUGGCGUCGGGGAGGCGGGGCAGGCUCGCUGGAAGAGAAGAUCGACCACCUAGACACCCAGAUCAGGCUGCUGAACAUCAGGCUGAGCCGUGUCAUAGACAGCCUGGAACACAGCGGGGAUCAGUAGACUAACUGUAAGCUGCAACCAGGAUGAGUUUUGAGGGGAGGGUUGGGGGCAAACCAGGUGUAAUUGUUAAAGUGGUACAAUCCUACAGAAACACAACUACUGAGUACUUACAACUCUACUGUCAGGUGGGGGAGAAACUAGAUUUGAACACAAUGUUUUAAAGGCUUGAGUCAGUUUUGGUAAUGAGUAAACAAAUUCCUCAGAUGCAUGGACAGUUUACUUGGAGUUCACAAAAAAAAAACCAAACAUUACGUCUUUAAUUUUUGCCUCAAGGAUUUGGAAGGUUUUUCUACAUCUGCUGUGAAGUUAUCAGAUAUUUUGGGCAUCUGGCCUAAUUCUGCACCUCAGCUACUUUUGAGAAGCUUCCUAAUUGGUGAAUUUUUUUUUUUUUUUUUUUUUUUUUUUUUGGUGUGUGCAGAAGUACUAACAAUACUUCUGGUGAAUAAAUAAACAUAUUUUAUGUAUGUUUGUUUAUGAAAAUGACCAGGUGCUCAAGACUUGGUUUUGUCCACAAAAAGUGUCCUCCUUUUGAGACUUCUUGGGGGGGGGGGGGGGGGUAUAACAGGCUGGGACUGAUACAUGGUUAUUUCUAAUAUGUAAAAGCAUAAAUAUGUUAGAUAGUUGUCCAUAGUAAGAUUUAUUUAUUCCAUUUCCAUCCAGACUGUAAAAACACAUCUAUCUAGUUCAUGUCACUGAGUCACGAUUCCAUAGUGACGAGAGUUUAACCAUCAGGACCUCUUUUUCUCAUGUGAAUGUGGGUGGGUGCCAGGGCAAAUUCCUCUCAGAGACCUGCUCAAACGUGUGUGCGUGUGUGUGUGUGUGUGGUGGGGGGGUUAGCUAAUGGAAAAGUACUGUACUAAAGUCACCAUCUGACUGUGAGGAAAAUGCAGACAGCCAGCAAUAUCUCAGGGAUUCACCCAACACAUACACUUAACUGGAAUUAGAUAUCAAGUGUGUUAAAAUCGUGUACUGGUCUCUUUGAGCCUCAUCACAGUUCGAAUGUGAGUUUCGUAUUCUCACUUACAAUACUUGUCAUUUUGCAUUACGUGCAGUUGCAAAGUUUGAUUCAUGCCUGAAAUCUAAACCAAAUCCAGACUUCACUCAUCUUUUCGAUGCAGCGAAUUUAUUGUAGGGAUGUGAACUGUAGCCAGUGGCUCUAACCUUAAUUGGGAAAUAGAUGUUAUAAAACACUUGUGGACAAAAGAUUUCUCACAUCUUGACAUAAAUCUGUUAUUUAAUGAUCUGGGCAUAAGGGCAAUCAGCUUUUCAGUUUUCAGAUUAAAUGAGGGCGAGUGCCUUUUGAUUCUAUAGACAGAAAACUAAUGUACAGCACUUUCCUUUUUAGCUCUGUUAUGGAAAUUUGUGCGUCAUUUAUUUAAGCUACUAAGUGAUCAUCAGUAUUUUUAAAUAGUACUUAAGAACAAGUGAUUAAAUCAUGCAGUAUAACAUUGUUUAAAAUAAUAUUGUAGGCUUCCUAAUUACUGUCAUUUGUGUAUUAUUUCUGUUUGUUUUUUUUGUGUGUGUACAGUCUCAACAUAAUGGCCUUUUUCAUUCUUUUCUUAUUCGUACAUGUGUCACAUAUCUCCAUCUAGUUAAAUAACCCCCCCACCGCUUUUAUACUGCAUGUAAACUGAUCCCAGUGCCGUCCAGGUCCAGUGAGAGAGACUGGGUGCAGGACACAUGUCAGGAAUGUUGCUGAUGGUAAUUUAAUUUCAAUACUAAGGUAAAAGAAUGAGUUCAUCUUUGUAACAUGCUCCUCAUAGAUUACAUUUAUUGCUGCACUGUUAUACCAGGUACAGCUUCAUGAACUCUGGCUCUUUCCCCAGCAUAGUCUUGUGAUUCUCAGUUUUUUGCUUUCCUUUUCGGUUAGAUCUUGAAAUUGAGUGCUCUCAAAAUGCAGACAAAAGGAAAAAAAAAUGUACGUAUUUGUGGCUUGAUUUAUGGAUUUUUCAAGAACAGUUUACCAACCCAGCUCAUGUAUCUGAUGUAAUGUGGGGUUUAGUUGCAUGUUGCUUUUAUGCUUUUUUUUUUUUUACAAUUCAAAGUAUUCAUGUUGUUGACUGUCUAGGUAGAGAACCCUUACCAAAUGUGAUGUGUGGUGUGAUGAAUUAGCCAGAAAGUGAUAUUUUUAAAUCUUAUUACUGUACAAGUUGUAUUUUUCUGUAUUUUUUAACAUGUGCACGAUUUACUGAACUUCGUAGACCAAACUGCAACACCUGAAAGGCUCUUUAACAUGACAGGAUGGAGCUCGAUAUAAAACCAGUCCUUCCUCAUUCCAUGACCACUCUUUGUAAAGCCCUCGGAUGCAAAGGUACAUUUUGAAUAUGAAUAGAAAAAUCUGUCAUUUUUUCUUUUCUCAGAGGAGCUGCUGACAUGAGAAAUGAGCUUGAUCCUGGUGUCUUGUGAUGUAUUGAUAGCCUGCAGAUCAGACUGAAACCAUUGUGUAUGUUUGAAGACGAAAUGACGUGUGACCUGUGGAGGUGUUCGGCAAAUAAUGCUUGUGUUGAAGGAAGGUGUAACCCAUCUUACACUGGAUCAAUUGCAAUAUUGUGUUGAAGUUCAGACAUGUUCAUGUGAUGUACUACGGCUUGUUGGGGAUUUUCAAGAAUUUUUUCUUGCAUUUUAGACACUGAAAACUAAUGAAUGGAUUAUGGAAACACUCAGAAGGAUCCAAGAGGGAGACUUCCUUUGAGAUAUGGAGGAAACCGUAAAUACUGAAGUUGCCACUGGCUGUAGAGCUACUCGUGUAUUACUUAGAAGCGUGUUGGUAUCUGUCAGCAUUAGGUUGAAUGCUACACCCACAUUGUUUUUAUUCUGUCUUAACGAAUGACCUGUAAUUCCAUUCUUUUCUGUACUGUAUUCUUUUUCUAUUAUUCCAAGUAGCCUGCUUUUUAUACUAUGUGGUGCCAAUUAUGUGUUUUUAUUAUUUUAAUUUUCUUUGUUUUUUUUGUAGAUGCAGAUAGAUUUUUUUAUUUCACCAAUUGUCAUUUUUAUAGUUUUUUCCUUAAAUGUUUCUGUACUCGAGCUACGUGACAAAAAGCCACUGUUCUGCCUGCUGUUGUGUUUGUGUUAGAGUGGGUGUCUUUAUAAAAGCCUGUUAGUUGGGAAAACAUUUUUUUUGUGUCAAAGUGAAAAUGAGGUCCAGAUUUGAAUAAACACCGCCAUAUGGCUGAAUGUC